AUGGAUGGCAAUUUGUCAGUUUUGUAUCCAGAUUGUAAUAUUCUCCCAUUUGACUCUGUUGAUGAUAAUCUGAUGAACUAUCCUAGGUCGUAUUCCAAUAGCUGUGGUCUAACAUCAAGCGCAUAUCUGAAUGAAUUCCAAAACGUAAAUGAUGAUUCACAAGAUUUCACACAGAAACACAUGUCUGGUAGAAAAACGUUCACGUGUCCUAAGUGCAACAGUUUUUAUUCUAAAGACAACAACUGGUGCUCCAGCUGCGGAGAGCUACUUAUUGGCGCGGAAGUAUGUUCUCCAGGUGAACCAAAAUUCAUUUCAAAUGAAGUUUCAACGACACAGACUAAUAUGAUGGAUUCGAUUAACCCUUUAUCUAAUAUUUCUUCAAGUGUGCCCAUUAGUUUCAAUAUGUCUUGUGAGAAUGCUACACACUCGCCCAAUUUAGUUGCUUAUCCAUGUCAUCCAAUAUUACCCGUCGCUACAGAUGUAGCGUUUUCUUUACCAUCUUGUUUAACGUCAGCAUUCUCACCAGGAAAUCUAAAUGCACAGAAUUCAGAGUGGAGCAAUUCAUCAUUCUCACCAUCAAAGCAGUUUGAUCAAUUAUGUCAUAACAAAGCAAACAUUCCUUUUUGUGUACCGGUUGACCCUUCAUUUUCGAGAUAUAAAAACUUUGGGAUUUUGCAGAAUGCCUCCGCUGACCAAAAACAGUAUCAAGUUGUAAAUAAUAACGAAUACACUGAUCCUAGCAACUUCAAAUUGUUGUAUCCUAAAGAAAAUGGUUUUACUCAAUCCAUACUAUGGAAUUCUAAACAUUUUAAUGAUGAUAAAAGUUGCAGUCAGUUUUCUCAUCUACUUACCAAUGUUUCUGAUUAUCAUCAUCGUCGUACAUCUGGUCCAGGUAUGCAGAAUAAAUUAACAAAUGAUCAUAGUAGCUUGGAAAAUGUAUAUCAUGCUAACAGUAUUCCUUCCAGUUAUCAUCUGACUACCAAUACUUCACCAAUGAAUUUAUUGAUAAACACUUCCCAAGGCCAGUAUACAUUUUCAGAUAAUUGGUGGAAUAAUUCUUCAGCGUCACAGAUUGUAGCCGACCUUUUGAGGGAGACACAAAUUUCGGUUUCAGCUAACACUAAUAUUCCUCCUAAGUCAGCAUUAUACCAGCCAUGGCAAUACCGAGAAAUGAUUCCCUCAGCCAGUAAAAGUCCUUCAGCAUCACGCAAAGGUGUUCGCAUGCGUGGUGGAUAUUGUCGUCGUAAACACCCAUCUGAAUGUUCCAGAACUCAGCUUAAUAAUCCUACUUCUAUUCAAAAUCCAGCCAUCUGUCGUGCCCGUAGUUUUAGUUCAGAUUUUGAAGAUAAUAAUAACGGUGGUACUCAUUCAUCAAAAUUGCAACCCAAUCCUAAUUGGCAGUCAUCUAGAACAGCCUGGUCGGCACAUGAUCCUGCAGUAUUAAAAAAGAAACCUGCUGCAUAUCUAAGAGCAUCAUAUAGUCAAGGAAAUGUUGCUUCUGUUCAGCUUGAAUGUAAUACUAAUAUCAAACUAAAUUCAAACAGUCAACCAGACAAAUCUCAGCAGUCACCUCUUCCGUGUUCAAACAGUAAGUCAUGUAGUCAAAAGGUCAAAUCGAACAACACUACUGGAUCAUCUCCAGACAAUCGUUCAGAAUGGAAUGAUACACAUGCCAAGUCAAAUCGUUGUCAUCAUCACCCACCAAGACGUAAUCGUCGUUAUAUAUCGAAGAGCCUUAGUGUUUGCAUGGAUGGUACAACAACAAACAGUCCAGUCGCUAGUAUACUGAAAGAGGGAAUUCCAACAGAUGUUCAUACUAAUAAAAUUAGCGAACCUAAAAAUGAGUUUAUUACAUCAAACUGGCUACUGUUGCCCGAUGAAUUAUGGCUUGAAGUACUACGAUAUUUAAGUCCAGUAGAUCGUGUACGGGUUGCUCAAACUUGUCGACAUUUGUCCAGACUUUCAAUGGAUCGUUCAUUAUGGCGAGUCAUUCAUCUUCACCGACAACAUCAUUUGACUGAUGCAGAUUUAGUGAGAAUUGGAAAUCUUAAACCGAAAGAAUUACGUUUCACUUAUUGUCGUGGUGACAGCCUAACGGCUACAGGAUUAAAACGCAUGUUUCUUGUCUGUGGUCCAGGAUUACAAAAACUGUCAUUAAUCGGUUGUACUAAAGGACCAUUUGAUCAAGAUCUACCAUUGAGAAUAGUUGCUGAUCAUUGUCAUAAUUUACAACAUGUGAAUGCAAGUUAUACUCAAUCAGUACGUGAUCAAACUGUGAUUGCUCUAGCUAAAUCUGCCACGCAUUUAAUUAGUGUAAAAUUGAAUGGCGCCCAACAGAUAAGUAAUGCUGCUAUACAACAAUUGGUUCAUUAUCAUCAAAAUACUCUUGAGCGUUUAGAGUUGUUUGGAUGUUUUCGUUUAAAUUCAAGUAUAUUGGCUUUAUUGGGACAAUGUCAAGAAUUGAGAGCACUAGCAUUUGGACAUCUUCAUCAUUUAUCUUCGGAUGGUUUAUUAGAACUUGUCAGCAAACUACCUCACCUUUCUUCACUUGAUCUACGAGGAACACAAACUUUCAGUGAUGAUAAUAAUCUUUCUCAGUUAGCAGCCAAAUGUCCUCAUUUAGAAGAAGUUGUUUUAGCUAAUAUGCAUUCUUUAAAACGUGAAACUGGGAUUGCCCAAAUGUUACGCCGUUUGCCUCGUUUGCGUGUGCUCGAUCUGUGUGGUCUAGCCGCCGUUGGUGAUUUAACUAUGGAGGUUUUAGCCACCAGUUGUCCUCAACUAGAAGAACUUGAUGUCAGUUGUACUUCUGUUACCCAAAAAGGUUUAUUCCAUCUAACAAAUGCUCCUGCAGUAUGCUUAAAAUGUUUACGAAUUAGCCAUUGUAGAGAAAUAACCAGUGAUGUACUUGAAAAGUUGAUUGAAGCCUGUCCUAAAUUAACAUUAUUGUACGCCUAUGGAUUUGUUUCUAUUAAUGAUUGGGGCUUCCUUCAAAAAAUACGUCCUAGUUUAUUAGUGGAGAAAGGUAUUUAA